UUCGGGCCAAAUUGGGGGCCAAAUUAGGGCACAGCUUAUCUCCAUCAAACUGGACGCUACUCUGCUCCAUCGCUCCAACUUCCAAACCUGAAACCCCAACUCUCUCUCUCUCUCUAUCUGAAUUUUAAAGGUGGUCGUAGCCAAGCUAAUGUCAUCAGAUACUGCAAAAGAAAAUGCAUCUGUAGUUGAUUCCUCAGUGACUGAAUGGAAAAAUGAAAGAGGGAAUAUGGACGAACCAGUUGAAGAAGCUUGAAGUAGGUCAAAUGAUGGCCAAACAUGAUACUCCAAGCUACAGAGCUAAUGAGGAUACCUGUCGUUUUGGAGCAGAAGAACGCACAAAUUCAUGUCAGCAGAUCGGAAUUUCAAGUGCAAUUGAAAAUGGUAAAUUCUAUGGCAUAAGAUAUUUCAUAAUCAAGAGUUUGAACCAUGAAAAUAUCCAAUUAUCAGUAAACAAAGGGAUUUGGGCUACUCAAGUCAUGAAUGAGCCCAUUCUGGAUGAAGCAUUUAAUAAUUCCAGCAAGGUGAUACUAAUAUUUAGUGUCAACAUGAGUGGCUUCUUUCAAGGGUACGCCCAAAUGAUUUCUACAGUUGGUUGGAGGAGAGACCAAGUUUGGAGUCAAGGAAAUGGUGGACGUAAUCCUUGGGGUCGCAGCUUCCAAGUGAAAUGGCUACGAUUGUAUGAUCUGCCUUUCCAAAGAACUCUUCACCUUAAGAAUCCAUGGAAUGACUACAAACUAGUCAAAAUUAGUAGAGAUUGCCAGGAGUUACCUCCAGAUAUUGGUGAAGCUUUAUGUGAGCUCCUUGAUGGACAAGAUGCUUUGGAUGUUAAUUCGAAAAUGGAUAGAUUUGCAAGGAAUGAUCUCUCUUUUAAAAGACCAUAUGUAGAGCCUUCAGUUCAUCCUGGGGGUGGAGAGUGUAAUGCAUCUCUACAUAUGGGGUCCAUGCUUUAUCCCUCUUUUCUCUACCAACAUCAAGUUAAUGGUAAUGGACUGCACGUAGCACCUCAAAGAAUAAAUGAUGUAUUUGCUGCGGAGGAGUCAGCCAUUGCAUCAGGGGAAGAAUCAAAGUCGAAACAAUCAAGGCAUUCACAGAGAAACAGAGGCCUUGCUAAUCUUCAUGUAGACCCUGACGUGGGUCCUCGAAUCAACAUGUGGGGUUUGUCAGCAGAAAGGAGCCCACUUGCGAGUAAUUUGACUGAAGAUGACAUUCUUGAAAUGGUCUGUGUUUCUUGUCUUACUCUUGAUUGUACUUAUUGAUGCACAUAGCUCAGAAAGAUUGUUCUUGUAAUUUCCAUGAAGACAAAAUAGUCUUGUGUACUUUUUUCAAAGUUCACUGAUGAUUUCGGUCAUUAAAGCUUGAUUUCUCUGUAGUUUUUAAUUGGUUAUUUGAUAUAUAGCAUCCUCCUCUUUGAAUGAA